AUGGCUGAUAGGGUUAUGCUGACCGUUGCUGCAGAACAGGAGGGUUUCUUUUUCUUGGACGCGUCAGGAGGAACAGGUAAGAUGCUUGUCAUAUCAUUGAUUCUUGUGAGAUCGGAAAAAAUAGCAUUGGCAAGAGCACCUUUUGGUAUGGCGACUACUUUGCUAGAUGGAGGGCGAACAGCAGAUUCCACAUUCAAGCAUCAGACAUACACAAUAAAGAAAAUGCGACAUAACGUAUUAGUUAUGCAGUGUGCAGUUAAAAUGUUUAAAAUGGAAUCGAUCAAGAGGCAUUUAAUAAUUUUGGACUUAGUGAUAUUGAAUGCAGAGGCAUUUAAUAAUUUUGGACUUAGUGAUAUUGAAUGCAGAGGCAUUUAA